AUGCGACGACCUCACCCAAAUCGGCGCAGGCGAGCCCUAGCCCCCAAAUCGGCGCACGACCUCACGCAUUUGGGUGGCGAGCUUCGAACCCCCAAAUCGCCCAAGGAUGCGACGGUGAGAGGGAGGGAGAGAGGCGUAACGGGGAGAGAGAGGCGGCGACGGCCGAAUUGGCGAAAGGCGGCGGCGGCCGGAAGAGGCCUAGGGCUUGCGACUCCGGAAUUACAGAGGGUGGAAGAUGGGGGUCGCGGCGCAGGCCAGAGAGGCGGCGGCCAUAGGGGUCGCGGCGCAGACAGAGGAAGAGGACGAGGAGAAGGGAAUCAGAGGGCGGGGCGGCGGUCGACGGCCGACGUUUGUUGCUGGAGAAGAAGAGAGAAGGGAGGGAGAGGCUGUGUUGGGAUUGGGGUUGUCGGGAGGGGGGGGGAGAAGAUCACGAGAUCUGUAACGAGAGAAAGAGGGAGAGGCAGAGGUGAGUGA